AUGANAAUAAUAAAAACAAAAACAAAAACCAAUUUCUUUAAGACAAAAGAAUUAUAAAGUGGUUAAGUUACAUCUAGAAAAGGGAGUAUAAAUAAACUUUAGAUUGAAUUACCACCACUUCCUGAAUAUAGAAGUUAAGUAAUUUAUAAAUCAGAAGAUAUAUAAUUUAUUAUUAAAGAUUGGCCAAUAAAGGAUAUUCCUUAAAUUUUAAGUUUUUGGUUAUCUACAAAUUUUGAAGAUUUUCAUAAGAGUUUUUUAUAACCUUCUACUUAUAUAUAAGAAACUUUGAGUUAUGGAUUAGAAGCUAUAAUGUUAUAAAUAUCUGAUUUAGGAAUAAUAUUAGCAAGUGUUGAAUAAGAUUGUAAUAUUAGAAAAUGGGUGAUUCAUUUAAUAGUGUGUAAAGAAUAAAUAUUUGAUAAAAUUGUACAUCAUUUUAUUAGAAUGUUAAUAAAUAAUGGAGAUUCAUUUGAGUAAUUAGGUAUAAAUUUUACUUUAUUGGAAUGUUUUGAAUAUAAUCUAAAAAUACUUAAUUUUUAUUUUUCUAAGAUAAUAACAAUUGAAAAUUUGAAGGUUAAUUAUACUUAAUAUGUUUUGGAUAUUAAAAGAACAGAAUAAGAAUAAUAAAGUAUGUAAAUUAUUAAUGAUCCUAUAUGUUUUAUAUAUGCAAGAAUUUUAUCAAGAAUAAAAAAAUUAGUGUUAAAUAGCGAUGAAGAAAUAAUGGAGUGUUAAUUCUGUGCUAAUUUAGGUAAGUCUAAUUUAAUAGUGUUUGAUGAUAAGACUUAAGAAAGCGCAAAAUAUUUAGUUGUAAAUACUAAACAAUAUUAUAAUUUUAGAAAUAGAAAAUAUAUGGAUCUUAGUUUUAACAUAUGUAAAAUGUUAAUGAUGUUUUGAAAGUUUGUCAAAGAUUUAAAUCUCCAAUAAAAACUCCUGUUUAUUUAUAAUAUUUCAAUAUGAAAUUAUAAUUUAAAGUAUUUUCAUCAGAAAUUCACAAAUAAACAUAUUAACCUUAUAUACGUUUUCCAUAAGUAUAGUAUAAUUACUUAAUAAGAGAUCUAAAGGUAGUUUAGAAGAAGCAUCAUUAUUGUAAUUGUCAAGUAAUGAUUAAAAUAGUCUACGUAAAUUAUAUCUAAUAUCUACAACAGAUCCAUUUAUUAAAAUGUAAAAAAUGAAUUUAUAAAUAUUAGAUAUAUUUUUGAAUUAAAAAAUGAUGAGAUUACUAUAAAUAUUCAAUCUAUAGUGAAUGAGAUUUUUGAAAAAUAUGAUAGAAAAAGUUUAUCAUAAUAUAAUAUAUGGCUACCUUUUUUUAGUUGUAUUGGUAAUAGAUAAAAUUUAACAAAUUGCAAAUUAUAAUCUUAUUUUACUAGUGAAACUUUUUUUGAAAUUAAUUUUCCUAGAAUUGGAAUGAAUAGUGUUAAUUAUAGUUUUGAAGGAGAAAAAUUAAUUAAUUUUCCAUUUAUAAUAGGAAUUGUUUAAUCAGAUUUAGAUUACAUUAAUAAACCAAUAUUUUCAAUGUUAGUAUAAUAAGAAGAUAUAAUAAAAAAAUAUUAACCAAUUUAAGUAGCAAAGAAAAUAGAAUAAGAUUUUGAAGUGUUAGUAAUGUAAAUUAAUCCUAAAGAUAUUGAAUUAAGAAUUAAAGAAAUAGUUAGAUUUUCAUGUUAAAUAACUCAUGAUUCAUUUGAAUAAGAUUCAUAAAAAUUAAUUGAUAUUAUGUAUUAUUAGUAAGAAUCUUGUGUGUUAUAGUUUUUUAUAGAAAAUUUAGUUCAAGGAUAUUGUAUAUUAUAUGUAGAUUAAAAUAAGAUUAAUGAAAGAAUUUGGAUUAUAGAAAUGAUAUCAUGUAAAUCUGAAUGUUUUUUUGAUAUCUUUUUAAUUUAAAUAAUAGAUUUAGUUUUUAGAUAAGAUGAAUCAGCUUCAGAAAUAUUAAUAGCAUAAGUAAAAUAUUUAAUUAUUAUAGAAUCAUUAUGCAUAAAAUAAUGGAUAGAUUAUGGCUAAUAAAUAUAUCUCAGAAGCGAUAAAAAAAGUUGGAUUCAAAUGGAGAAUAGUUGAGAAUGAUUAUAAAACUUAAUUAAGGAGGACAAUAUUUACAAUUAAACGAUCUAAUUCUUAGUAUACUAUUAUUUAAAUCACAAAAUUAGCUAACCUAGAGUAGAACAUAAUAUUUCUAUUAAAUUUAAUUCAUAUUAUUCACUCUAAUAAUCUGAAGCAAGAAAUGAAGAAACCAAUACAUUAAGUUAUUUAAAAACUAAAACUAUAUUUUAGUUUGCUGAAGAUUGUUUUCAUUAUAAUUUGCAUAAACCAUAUGAAUAAAAUCAAUUUAUUAUUGAUAAAAUAAAAAAUAAUUUAGCUUAAUUACCAAUGACAAAAUUCACUGAAUUUAAAAAUGAAAAAGAUGUUAUCAAAUAUCUUGAUAAAUUAACAUCUUAUCCUUCUAUUGAUCCAAAACAUACUUAAAUUAUGACUUAAUAUACAAAUCUCUAGUUAAAAUGGUUAAGAUCAAGAGAAAUUAUUAUAGAAAGAUCAAAAUACAUAGAAAUACCUAAUGAAUAGAAUUAUAUAUAUUAUUCUACUUUCCCAAAAAUGAAUCUUAAGAUUUAUUAUGUUAAAUUAUUCAAUCCAGGAUAUUAUUUUUUUGCAAUGGAAAUAGCUCAUAAUCAAAUUGAAUCUAUUAGAGAUGAUUAUGUUAUAUUCACUGAAAGAAUCUAUUAAGUAAAUAUUAUUAAUUUAAUAUAGGAAUUUCAUAAUAAAUAACCAUAAACCUCAUCUGAUCUCUAUAUACCUUAAUUUUAAACAUGUCUUACUAUAAAUGAACCCUUACCCAAUUGGUCUUUUAUUAAAUUCUCAUUGACCUAUAAUCACACAAUAACUUAAUCUAUUAUUAAAGAUUUAGGGAAUAGAACAAUUAGAAUUCAUAUGCCUUUUUUGGCAGGAAUAAUUUAAGAAGAUUUAGGUUUAAGAUAUGAAAAACCAAUGGUGACAUUUAUUGCAUCUGAAUAUAUUGAUUGA